AUUGAACCAAAAAUGACUUGUAAAGUGGCAACAGCUGCUGCUGCCAAUUUGCUGUUGCUAGUAUUGUUAGUCUUGCAGUCGGCUAAAAUAUUGUUAGCCAGAGAGGAUUACAAGGACUAUAAAGUUUACCAAGUGCAGCCACAAAAUGAUGAGCAAAUGCAAAUAUUACUAAACUUGGCCAACAAACAAUGGGAAUUACUGCCAACUUGGCGAAAUGAAAGUGGAAUUAAGGCUCUGGUGUCAUCUCAAGGGUCAGGAGAAUUGGUAAAACUUUUGGCCGAACAUCAUAUAGAACAUCAGCUGCUAAUUGAUGAUCUAUCGCCAUUUGUGAGAGCACAAAGAGCUGAGAAUUUGCGUAGUAAGUCACGUUAUCAGUUGCCCUACAUUGAUGUCCUUGGAGGCUUCUAUACCCACGAGGAGAUCAAUACAUAUUUGGAUAGUUUACCCGAACGUUAUCCAAAACGUGCCCAGAUCAGGCAUAUGGGUUGGAGUUAUGAGCGACGUGCCCUAAAAGUAUUAACCAUUAGCAAUGGCGAUGGUCGUCGCAAUAAACCUGUCAUCCUUAUCGAUGGCACGGUGCAUGCACGCGAAUGGAUAUCCCCUUCAAUGGCUCUUUAUAUAAUUCAACAGCUGUUGGAUAAUGACGCAGAAAACAUGGAAUUACUAGAGGAUUACGAUUGGGUCAUUAUGCCGGUGGUCAAUGCCGAUGGCUAUGAGUAUACACAUACGGAUUCGCGUUAUUGGCGCAAGACCCGCAAACCCAAUGAUAAUAUCGAAUGCAUUGGCACCGAUCUCAAUCGUAAUUUUGCCCAUGAAUGGGGUCAUGAGGCGGGCUCUUCAUCGGAUUCCUGCAAUGAAACUUAUCGUGGUGCACGUCCAUUCGAUCAGCCGGAAUCGCAAGUAUUACGCGAUUUACUAUUGAGUUAUAGUGGACGUUUGUCUUGGUAUCUGUCAUUGCAUUCUUAUGGCAAUUACUUUCUACUACCCUGGGGUUAUACAAGAGAUUUUCCGGAUAACUACUACGACAUGUUGGAUGUGGCUACGACCGGAGCUAUGGCCAUUGUUCAUGCCACAAAUGGCAUUUAUACGGCGGGUAGUACUUAUCAUGUGCUAUAUGCCACUUCCGGUGAUUCGGCGGACUAUGCCAAGGCAGUGGCUAAUGCCACAGUGGCCAUGACCAUGGAAUUACCAGCUGGUGGUUUUUCUGGAUUUGAUCCUUGGGUAUCCCAUAUUGAGGGCAUUGUGACCGAAAGUUGGGUGGGCGUGCGUGCUAUGGCCAACGAUGUGAUAAGACGUUACCCAAGUAAUCAUGAUCAUAAAUAAAUGAUAUUUUCGAAUGGGGGAAUUGGCUGGAAAACUUUGAUUUGUGCUACACAAGUAGUUACUAACUAAUAUAUGAUUUAUAAUAGAUGUGUGGUUAGCAAAAUGA